AUGCUCAGAAUUGGGGGUUAUGACGUCAAGAGGGUGCUAGUUGAUCAAGGCAGCACCGUGGAAGUAGUGUAUCCCGACUUGUAUAAAGGAUUGAACCUAAAGCCAGAGGACCUGUCGGCAUACGACUCCCCUUUGGUCAGUUUCGAAGGAAAAACAGUCACCCCGAAAGGCAUGAUCAGGCUGCCUGUACAAACAGAUUCUGACGUGGUGGAAGUGAACUUCAUUGUGGUAGAUGCAUACUCCCCCUACACAGUUAUCGUGGCCCGACCAUGGCUUCAUGCACUAGGGGCUGUGCCAUCAACCCUACACCAAAAAGUGAAGUAUCCAUCAGGAGGUCAAGUCAAAGAAAUAAUAGGAAACCAAGCGAUGGUCAGGCAAUGCAUGGUGUCCGCAAUCUCGCGAUGA